AUGGCGGAAACGGGAGAGGCAAUAGAAAUGAUUGAGCAAGGACAAGAGGCACUUGAAGGUGAAGGGGAAAAAACUGGCGAAGAAGAUAUGACUGAGGAGGACAGAGAAGAGCUCGAUAAGGAAGUUAAAGAAGUGAAAAGUAACGUGGAAAAAUUAGCCGAAGUUGCAAAAAAAUUCAAAGGAUAUGCUACAGAAUUCGCCGAGGGGCCUGCUAAGGAAUUUGCAAAGUUUGUUGUUAAGAAUGUUGCAAUUGGCACCAUAUUUUAUGGCGUGAAUGUCACCUUGUCAAAGCUGAUCAAGAAAGGAGGUAGUGGCGGGGAAACGGAAUCCAACAAGAACAAGUUGGCAGUAGUUAAGGCGAUUACGACUAUCAUCCAAACUGAAACUACGAUGUGUAACAAUAUCAAAGAUUGGAUAGAGCAGCACAAACAUGAUACUAUCAAUUUAGAUGGCGUUGAAAUUCCAGUAGCAUCCGUUUUCUUCAAAUAUAUGGAUCCAAUUUCAGAUGCUGUGGACCAAGCCUUCAAGGUAGCCAAACCCUUACAGAAAAAGAUCGAAGGAAAUGUUGAAUGGAGCGUCCCGAAUGCUGAGGAUAUUUCGGCAUUGUUGAAUGCUUCUGAAGCCUUCGUAACAAGCUUUGAUAACUUAUUUAAGUUUGUUGUUGAGAAUAAUUCUAAAAUACCACUACUGAAGAGCGUGCCGGUAAAACAAGCGGAUAUCGACGAUUUAAAUGACCAACUAGAAACCGUCAAGAAAAUGCCCUUUUAUUAAGAGCGUCGGUAGUAGAUCGAUGACAUAAUUACAAACUGUUGUGCAUACAGUGGCUUUUUUUUUAAAAGAUAAUAAUGUUAAAAAUUGCUUUGGCUUAUCAUAAAUUGUUUAAUUGUACUGUUGAUGUCCAUACUAUACUUCCCCAUCCAGAUGGAAAAUAGUUUAACCGGGGUUUUAGAUUUGUUGCCCUUUUGAGUGGGAACAUAACACCGAGUGUGAGCCCCCAGGAGACGUGGAAUUCAGUAAUAUUUCAUACCCCAUCAUUUUCUCAUCUUCCCCAUGGGGCGGAGUAGUAUUGAAAUGUGCAUUAAAAGGACUAGCAGUGAUUUGCUAGGAUAAAACAGAAAACCAAAUUUUUUGUAUGUAGUUUAUGUGUGCUAAUAUAGGCCUAUACUACAAAAUAACUUCUGCAAAUUUUAAUGUUUUCACCCCUUCGCAGAGAUCACAGUUAGCUCGAGUAGUCCUUAUUAAACUUGUAUGCUUUGUAAAUGAAUUCAUAUGUAGCCUAGGCAUCAAGUUACAAUAAUUUUAAUUAUCAGUAAUUUCUUAAGAGCAAGUUCACAUGCACAUAUAAAUCAAUAUGAAGGUUUAUGGAAAUAACAAUAAAACAUUAUUUUCAUUAGAGAAUAUUGUCAGUACAUUUCUAGUACGCCACUGAUGCAAAUUACUUAUGAUAAAGUUAUUGAUCAUGUUAGGAAUGAUGUACAUGUAAACGAAUUCAUAAAAAUAAUAAAAGCAACAUUACCUGACCAUUAAUCAAAA